AUGGAAGCGGAGCCAGAGACUUUUGGUACUCCUGCUUCUCUGGAGGCUGUGCCGGGGGUACCUGGCACUCCUGCCUCUCUGGAGGCUGUACCACCUGUAAAUGCUUUCGAGGAUGCACCAAUAUCCGAUCCUCACACCCCUCCUCAGGCGACACCAGCUUUGUCUGCUGUUCCCGAGACUGAUAGUCCUCUAAAAAGGAAGGCAGCCUUAAACAACUGGUCUCCUUCCAGGAAAAAAAGAGCAAGGUUUAGUGAAGGUUGCGAGAUAGCGCCAGAUCCUUGGAGUAGUGAAGGUUGCGAGAUAGCGCCAGAUCCUUGCAGUAGUGAAGGUUGCGAGAUAGCGCCAGAUCCUUGCAGUAGUGAAGGUUGUGAGAUAGCGCCAGAUCCUUCCAGUAGUGAAGGUUGCGAGAUAGCGCCAGAUCCUUGCAGUAGUGAAAGUUGUGAGAUAGCACCAGAUCCUUGCAGUAGGGAAGGGUGCGAGAUAGCGCCAGAUCCUUGCAGUAGUGAAGGGUGCGAGAUAGCGCCAGAUCCUUGCAGUAGUGAAGGUUGCGAGAUAGCGCCAGAUCCUUGCAGUAGUGAAGGUUGUGAGAUAGCGCCAGAUCCUUCCAGUAGUGAAGGUUGCAAGAUAGCGCCAGAUUCUUGCAGUAGUGAAAGUUGUGAGAUAGCACCAGAUCCUUGCAGUAGGGAAGGGUGCGAGAUAGCGCCAGAUCCUUGCAGUAGUGAAGGUUGCGAGAUAAUGCCAGAUCCUUACAGUAGUGAAGAUUGCGAGAUAGCGCCAGAUCCUUGCAGUAGGGAAGGGUGCGAGAUAGCGCCAGAUCCUUGCAGUAGGGAAGGGUGCGAGAUAGCGCCAGAUCCUUGCAGUAGUGAAGAUUGCGAGAUAGCGCCAGAUCCUUGCAGUAGUGAAGGGUGCGAGAUAGCGCCAGAUCCUUGCAGUAUUGAAGGUUGCGAGAUAGCGCCAGAUCCUUGCAGUAGUGAAGAUUGCGAGAUAGCGCCAGAUCCUUGCAGUAGUGAAGGGUGCGAGAUAGCGCCAGAUCCUUGCAGUAGGGAAGGGUGCGAGAUAGCGCCAGAUACUUGCAGUAGGGAAGGGUGCGAGAUAGCGCCAGAUCCUUGCAGUAGGGUAGGGUGCGAGAUGGCGCCAGAUCCUUGUAGUAGUGAAGGUUGCGAGAUAGCGCCAGAUCUUUGCAGUAGGGAAGGGUGCGAGAUAGCGCCAGAUCCUUGCAGUAGUGAAAGUUGUGAGAUGCGGCAGAUCCUUGCAGUAGUGAGGUUGUUGAGAUAA